CAGGCAAGUCUCUCUACCUCCUCCUCCCCAGGUUUACUGACAUACGAACGUACACAUGUAUAAUUGGCACGACUUAAGAACCACUCGCCUGCUGGCCAUCUUCCCAGGUCUGCAGCCUGAGGAAGUUGAGAAUCAUGGUUUGUGUGGUCCAUGCAGCUGCUCCCUUGAUGGAACUUGAACAGUUGCCUGAAGUUGGAGGCUAAAUCCUGUCCGCCAGGCUGCUCCAGGGCUGCCUUCUGCCUAUGACAAGACAUCUGAAGACCCAGCAGAGGAGUCCUGUAGACAGGAGGCUGGUGGGGUGAGGAGGAGGCCAUGCUCCCUUUAUGCAAGGAGACCCAGGAGGGAGGAAUCUGCCCUAUUUGCCAAGAGUGCCUGAAGGAGGCGGUGAGCACCGACUGUGGACACCUCUUCUGUAGAGUGUGCCUGACCCAGCACGUGGAGAAGGCCUCGGCCUCCGGAGCCCUCCCCUGCCCCGUCUGCCGGAAGCCCUAUUCUGAAGGGGUGCUGGGGACAGGCUAUAUCUGCCUCAGCCACCAGAAGAGGGUGCGCAUGUUUUGUGAGGAGAGGGGACUGCUUCUGUGUAUGGAAUGCCUAGUGUCCCCUGAACACAAGUCUCAUCAGGAGCUGGCCAUUGAAAAUGCCACCAGCCACUACAAGGAACGACUCAACCGCCGGAGCAGGAAGCUGAGAAAGGACAUUGGAGAACUUCAUCGGCUCAAGGCUCAGGAGGAGGAGAAGCUGCAGGCUCUGCAGGUAGACCAUGAGAAUCGCAGGCUGGAGGCUGAGCUGAAGAGCCAGCACCAACUCAGCGGACAGCUGGAUGCCCUCCCUCAGCAGCAACUGGACCAGCUGGAGGAGAUGUCAGCAGAGGUGGUCAGAAUCCUUGACAUCUCCAGGGCAGUAGCACAGCUCAGCAGCCUGGUCACUGAUCUGGAGAGGACAGCCAAGGAGCUAGAUGCCAACACACUGCAGAAUGCCAGUGACUUACUGAAAAGGAGUGCUCCAGAGAAAUUAGAGGUUAUUUAUCCCGAGCUGGAGAAAAGAGUCAAUGAAUCACUUCUUCAGCCAUCCUCUGCAGCUCUGACCUGUUCAUGCCUGGGCCACCUCAUUUCAGACUCACCUCGGACUCCUCUCUGUCCUUCUUCCAACCUGUCCUGUCCCCGAUUAGGUGUACCCAGUGCAUCUUCAGGAACGCCAUCUCCUGAAUGCUUCCCCAUUUCCUCAUACCUACAGACGUCACCUAAUGCCUGACCCUCUGACUCUUGGAUAAUAGCCCCUGCCUCCUUCCUGAAUCAGGUGAUGGGUGGGCCUGCCACUGUGGCAGUCAGAAUCCAUGAUCUCCAGGACCAUUUGCAAGGUCACCAUUUUACCUGUGGACUGGUGGUAGUGCCCACAUCUCACGAUCUCAUAUUAAAAUAGGAGUGCCCAGACAUCUGACUGGCAUGAGCCUACAGGUGGUGAUGCCACCUCAGCACAGUGAGCCCAGCAGGUGCAUUGAAAGGAACAUUCCUCUUGAGCUCCUGUAGCAUCUGUCAUCUGUGCCACUCACCCAACACUCAACCAUUACUGUUGUGACAGAUGGACUCAAAGACAUCCACCCCACGAGCCUUGCCUUUGGUAUUUGUGCCCCAUGUGGUCCCCUCUGCUUCAGUGUGAGUGAGAUCUGUGACUUGCUUCUUAUCAAUGGAACAUGGCAAAGGUGAUGGGGUGUCCCUCUGGAGACUGCAUUUCUCGAAUUGGACUCCUCUUUGCUAGCAGAAUCACUCUACAGACUCUUCUUUCUGUCUUGAUGAAGUAAGUGGCCCCAUGGCAAGGACCUGAAGGCAAUGCCUAGGAGCUAAGAGCAACUUAUAGUCUGCAGCCUCCAGCCAGCAAGAAGCAGAGGCUCUCAGGCUUGUGGCUGCAAGAAUUUAAAUCCUGGCUAGGCGCAAUGGCUCAUGCCUGUAAUCCUAGCAUUCUGGAAGGCUGAAGUGAUGGAUUGCCUGAGUUCACAGGUUCGAGACCACACUGAGCCAAAUCAAGACCUUGUCUCUAAAAAUAGCCAGAUGCUGUGGUGGGCAUCUGUAGUCCCAGCUACUCAGGAGGCUAAGGCAAGAGAAUCAAUUGAGCCCAAGAGUUUGAGGUUGUUGUGAGCUAUGAUACCAUGGCACUCUACCAAGGGCGACGAAGUGAGACUCUGUCUCUUACAAAGAAAAAAAGUCGGGCAGUGC